CAUUUGCACGUCAUGGAGCGCUCCACACCUUCCAACGGCCGCAUAUCGAUGCCGUUCGAGGCGACGACAACAGGCCAUUCUUUCCAAAGAGGAACAGAUGAUGCGUCUAUAUGAACAUCACCUGUUCUUAAGCUGGACACACUUCAGCUAUAUAUCGCCUUAGGCAAACCCGCGACUCCAAUACACAUAUACCAUCAACACAAACAAGCUAUCAUCAUCAACAUGUCGACUACUCAAAACAGUGCACUCUUCUCGGAGCACAAGGUCACUCCAGACGUCUUGUCCAGCGAUGCUGACUUGUCCUACACGUUGACAGUGUCGUGGCCAGAGACGAAGUUGGAUAGGCCUGCGGAGGAGCUCGACCGCAAUCAGACACAACCUCAGCCAAAGUUGUCGCUGAGCCCUCCGCCCUCCAAGCCAUUGAAGAACCUCGUGCUCGUUAUGACCGAUCCAGACCUCAUGAUGAAUGACGACACAUACUUCGGUCAGGUGCGCCACUGGCUUGUCAGCAACGUCUCGACAGACUCAGAUGGCUCUCUGAAUAUCGCCCAAGGAAAGGAGAUCUCGUCAUACCUCGGUCCAGCGCCCUUGCCAAACUAUCUCUACUCUCGUCCUCACCGUUAUGUCUUCAUUGUAGCCAGUGGAUCUGGUCAGGUUGAUAUUACACCAGAAGACCUACAGGAGCUGCAGCAGCCGUAUGUGGCUGCUAUCUCAGGGAAGCAGGGCGAAGUUCAGGAUCUUAAGGACCGUUGGGGCUUCAAUGCGCAGAACCUGAUUGAGAAGAAGGGACUCAAGGUGGAGGCUGUGAAUUUCAUGCGUGUGCAUGGCACUCUUGGCAGCGCGGCUACGAAUGCAGGGUUGAUGGGUCAGGCCGCGAUCAAUAAGAUACUCGGAAAGUAAACAGCAAAGACCAAAGGGAAGUUCUUAAAAGCCCGAACGAGGACAUCAUCGGGGUCAUUGCUCGGUGAUAGAGUGAGGGUGGUGUCAGCCAGCUGAGCGGGGUAUGCACUGGGCCACAUUGAACGCAGCCUCGUUAACUUCGACGAUCAUCUUCUAUGUCACGCCCCUUGUUCCCGUCAACCAUCAGUCUUUCUUAUUUCUAGGCGAGGAUGUGACGAGUCAACACCCAUUAACUUGUGUUCCUUUCUCAUAGAUCUCUGCGAGUAACUACGUGCUGCGCCAU